AUGACACCCGACCUGCAAGACAAGUCGAUGCCCAUAGGCAUCCAACGAAGCCGGAGCCGGCUCGGGGAGCUUCUGGUAGCCGACACACUAGUUGCUGCGGGUUCAGCAACCCUUAUUACACCGGCGGUGAUGAUCUUUGACAGACUCGUCGUCGAAAAGGCCUUCUACAACCAACCACUACUCCCAGCGUUCCGCAAGCAUCUCUGGUUCUCGAUCACUCAGCCCGCUACAUUCCUGACCUCACGGCCCAGUCUCCUUGUCUGGGGCCUCUACACGGCAACUUUCGCCACUGCCAAUGCCUCUGAAACGAUUUUAAACAAAGUAUACCCCAAGAUCGACCAUGCAAUUGCGGGUAUGACCACCUUCGCAUCUACUUUCUUUGUCAACUCCUCAGCCCCAAUCGACAGCAACCCCCCCCACCAGCAUCCUCACCCAACGCCCAAGCUGCCUCUGAUACCCCUCCCCCCCAAAACCGCUCGCUCUAUCGGACGCACCCGGAUUCCCUUGGCUACCUACUCUGCUUUUCUCCUUCGAGAUGGAUUGACCAUCUUCGGAUCCUUUACACUCCCCACCAUGGUUUCCACCGCCAUACCCGACUCCGUCGCAUCGCAAGAAUAUCUCAAGAUCCUGAUCGCGCAACUCGCCAUCCCUGCAUCCAUCCAACUUCUCAGCACCCCGAUCCACCUCUUCGGACUCGAUCUUUACAACCGACCCCAGGUCCUCCCCACCAAGGACCGCAUCUCCCGCAUCAGUCGCGACUGGCUGGGUGCAUCCCUACUUCGCAUGUGCCGCAUUAUCCCCGCGUUUGGAAUCGGAGGAUUCGUGAACACCGAAGGACGCCUCUAUCUCCAUGAACAAUUGGAUGGACGGGCGCCCUCCUAA